AUGGACAGAGUUCGAUCAUUAAUAGGAAAUAGAAGGAGAAACCGAGGAAACGCUGUUAAUGACGCAUCACAAACAGGUUCGUGGCUAGCACAAUCAUUGGAUAAUGAAGAUCAGUCGACAGUUUUCGAAAAUUUAAGGACUAUCGGUACGAAUAAUGAAACAGUGUCUGACUCAGAAACGCUAAAUACUUUUGUAUCAGACACAGAUACUAUUGGCGACUUAGAAAGAUUAGGUUAUGUAAAUAGGGCACCGGCAUUUAAUUCUGUAAGGAAGCUUCCAUUCAUUUCAGUGUUACUUACGAGAGGAUUCUUUGUCUUUCCUAGUGAAAGAUCUUACCAGCAUUUUAUUAAGAGCAAGAGAAAAUUUAAUAACGUCGAUCUUAAGACAAAAAUAGGAAUUCCUUUGUUUCAUGCCGUUCCAUCAGCCUUAAUUAAGACCAUUUUCAACAGUAAUAAAAAAGAUCCAAUAAUGAAAAUUUCCAAAUACGAUGUUCUACCGGUGGAUCAAUCUAUUCCUGAUAACGUUGAGGUAGUAACAGAGACAGAAACUUAUAGGGUAAUCAGAUUCGAGUUUUGCGAAAUUCUCAAGGCUAAUGUGAACAGUUUAGACGGUAAGAUUAAGCAUGAACUGAAGUUCUUCAAUGGAGUCACUAUCCCCAUGUAUAACUUCAAGGAUAAGAAGGAUAUCGACACUAUUGUAGAUGACUUACCUUUGAGAUGGUUUGGAUUCUCCAGCUUUGCUUCUCCAUUCGGCACAAAUGAUAUCAAGUUAUUGAUACUCGAUGACAACACCCCAAAUUAUCUCGAUAAUGUCAAUCUUUCUAAUGAUGACAGAAAUGUAAGACCGCUAGGUCAUUUACCAGUUUGGGGUAAAUACUCUGAUGAUAAUAUGAGUGUUUUACCAAAGAGAAGGACAUUAAGGCUUGCAAGCUUUGAAAUUCAAGAGUUCAAAGUAAAUUCAAGCGAGAAUGAUAUUCCUUGGAAUACGCAGGCUCUAACAUGUAUGUGCAUACUAUUACAUGAGUAUGAAUCAAGAAAGGAAAGAAGACAUUAUAAUACUAAUACGACGACAACGCCCGAUUCUAAUAAUGCUAAUCAGUGA